AUGACGUCAAGCACAGCCAGCGGAAACAUGGCGAAGAAGGUUCUCCUUCUUAAGCUAAACAGACGGGGAAGCAAACAAGACGCGAACAACGUGAAAAGCACACCUACCGCUGACAACCGAGCAACAAGUGACGACAAAUGUGUUGAGGAAAAUAAGUCCAGUGACCCUCGAAAUGAGGAGUCAUCCAGUAAAGCAGGACAGGUGUGGGCUCCUGAGGGCUCCACGGCCUUCAAGUGCCUGGUUUCAGCCCGCUUCUGUGCUGCGCUGCUCAGUAACAUCUCUGACUGUGAUGAAACCUACAAUUACUGGGAGCCAACUCACUACCUGCUGUAUGGAACAGGAAUGCAGACAUGGGAAUAUUCCCCGGCCUACGCCAUUCGUUCCUAUGCGUAUCUUUGGCUCCAUGCUCUUCCUGUCUGCUUUCACGCCAAAAUCUUACAAACCAACAAGGUCCUUGUGUUUUAUUUCCUGCGCUGCAUGCUAGCUUUUACCUGUUGUGUGUGUGAGCUCUACUUCUACAAGGCCGUGUGUAAAAAGUUUGGCUUGCAUGUGGGCCGACUUCUGCUGGCGUUCCUCGUCCUGAGUGCAGGGAUGUUCUGCUCCUCUGCAGCUUUCCUCCCCAGUACGUUUUGCAUGUACAGUACUCUGGUAGCUAUGACUGGCUGGUUCCAGGGGAGCCCGAGUCUGGCUGUGCUGGGUACUGCAGCGGGGGCCAUAGUGGGCUGGCCCUUCAGUGCCCUGCUGGGCAUACCCAUUGCCUUUGACCUGCUGUUUCUGAAGAAGAAGUGGAAGAGUUUUAUCACGUGGACUCUGGUGGCGUUGCUCCUGUUUCUGGUCCCUGCUGUUGUAGUAGACAGCUUCUACUAUGGCAAGCUGGUGAUUGCUCCUCUGAAUAUAAUACUAUACAAUGUGUUUACUCCUCAUGGGCCAGAUCUUUAUGGCACAGAACCCUGGCAUUACUACUUUGUGAAUGGUUUCCUUAAUUUCAACAUUGUAUUUGUGUUGGCCCUCUUUUCUCUUCCUCUCACGGCGCUUCUUCAAAGAUUCAAUGUUCAGAAGCUCGGCCAGCCGUACUGGUUAACCCUGUCUCCUAUGUACUUGUGGAUGCUGGUGUUCUUCACCCGACCACAUAAAGAGGAGCGCUUCCUGUUUCCCAUCUACCCUCUCAUCUGUCUGUGUGGGGCGGUGGCUCUCUCAGCACUGCAGAAGUGCUAUCACUUCAUAUUGCAGCGCUACCGUCCGAAGCGCUACACCAACUCCUCCAACUGGCUGGCUCUCGGCUCCGUGCUGCUGUUUGGAGUGCUCUCGCUGUCCCGAUCUGUGGCCCUCUUCAGAGGCUAUCAUGCGCCGCUGGAUUUGUAUCCAGAGUUUCAUCGCAUUGCUAAAGACCCUGCAAUCCACACGGUUCCUGAAGGCAGACUGGUCAAUGUUUGUGCGGGGAAAGAGUGGUACCGCUUCCCCAGCAGUUUUCUCCUGCCCAACAACUGGCACUUGCAGUUCAUCCAGUCAGAGUUCAGGGGUCAGUUACCUAAGCCGUAUUCCAUGGGUCCCGAUGCCACCUGGACAAUCCCAGCAGACAUGAAUGAUCAGAAUCUCGAGGAGCCGUCACGAUACGUAGAACUGAAGCAGUGUCAUUACCUGGUGGAUCUGGCGACUGAAACAGAAGCCCCUCGUGAACCACGAUACGCCACUAACAAAGAGGAGUGGAGCAUUAUUGCCGAAAAGCCUUUUCUGGACACUACUAGGUCGUCCAGAUUGCUCAGGGCCUUUUUUAUCCCAUUUCUGUCUGAGCAGUUCACCACCUACAGCAGAUAUGUCAUCCUCAAACCGAGACGACCCAAGCAGACCCAGAAAAGAACGCAAGGCUGACAUGCCGUUCCUGCUAUUUUUCCGUCAUCGCAUCCCUCCAUAAGUCCUGGCUUCAUCACUUGGUCCCAAGGUGCUCCUCCUCAACUCUUUUUGUGCACACGUGUGAACGAGUGAUUGUCAGAGAGAACAUCUUGGCUAUCAAGCCAUGCAGUGAAGACUUCAGCGGUGCUGCAUCCUGGACAGUUCCAGCUCAGAGCAUGGAUGCCUUACCCGUCUUUCCCGAUCAUCUCCGCUUCAUUCCAUUCUCUUUGUUCCUUUGUUCCUGCUUGGGCUUCUCUGCAUAUUUCUAAAUCUUUUCAGACUAUUUCUGUUUAGACAGCCCUUUAAGGACGACAGUCCCUUGUUUGUUAUGACCUCAUCCUUGAUCUGGGACAAUGAGUUGCACAUGAACUGAACAUUUAUCAAGACCCAAACCAGAUCUCACGUGUCAUCAUCCAUCCAUGCAUCCAGAGCUGAACUUCCAGUUUGAGCAACUGGUCCAGGCAAGCCCUCAGCAUCUCAGGAUGAAAGUUGCACCAUAGACUCUCUUGGUUUCCUCCAGUUCCAUCAUUGGUAAAUGUUACCAUCGACUGCAGACCAGGACUAUUGAGUGUUUACAUUUCCAAAUCAUGUUUUUCAAAUUAUUGUUAACUGUGAUUGAGUCAAAAAAAAGAAGGCUGUCUUUAUGUGUGGCUGGGCCAUUUCAGAGGUCAUCUCAGAAAUCUUAGAAAUAUCAGGGAAUUGAGAUAUAUAUAUAUAUAUAUAUAUAUAUAUAUUUAAUAGAAUGUUUGUCCUAGUUCUGUUCUUCUAAGAAUUACAAAUAUCUAUUUUAUGUGCACCUAAACCAAAUAAAUCAACUAUCACAUGUCUAUUAAAUAUGUAAACAUAAUUUAUCACUAGAUUUGUUCACAAAAAUGAAAAUUAUUUGACUUUUUAAAUUAGUAUAUGUUAUGUUUUUUUUUCUAGUUCUGCUGUGCUCUAAAAAUUACAUAAACUGAACUGUCCCAGACUGCCGAUAAACACACAUAAGGAUGAGAUGAAGAUCAGCAGUUUUUAAUAAAUCCACAGAUAGGUGAAUCCAAACAUGGAAAGGCUGGUGUCUUGUGUAACAUUGACGAGACCCGACAGGAACUAAAGCACACAGACCAUACGAGGAUAAUAAACUACACACAACUGAACAGAAUAAUAUAAUCAAAUCAGUAACCAUUAACUAACAACUUUCUACUGUCAAGUGACAUUUUAAAUUUGUGUAACUGUUCUUUCUUUAAAAAUCAGCUUUGAUAGAGAGGCUGCUUGUAUUUUUAUGAUGUUUAUGUGGAGCUCUGGGCUCCAAGGAGGCUCAGAUUUAUCACUGAACAGCAUCAUCCAGAAACACGCAUCAUUUCCCCUGUGUGUCAUUGUCCGUUCUAUAAGAGAGAAAAUAGGUACGCUGUGGGUAUAUGUAAACAUGCUGAGGACAAUCGUGGGAUUAUUAAGCUGUCUACAGUGACGACACGUUAAGCCCCACAAUACUACAGGGAACUCUGAUCCAUCUAAAUCCUUCCAUUGACGCUAUACACUCUGACGCAGAAACCCCUUUGAAACAUAGAUGAGACUUAGUUUUCCAUGCACUGUUCUAUGCUUCAUCAUUUAAAUGUGAUUUACGCUUAAGUGGAGCAAUGAUUCAGAACUUCCGAUGUUUAUAUGUUUACUGUGCUUUCAGAAAGCUGCUAAUUUUUAUGCAAUUGUACUGAUUCCUGCUUAAAAUACCAAAAUUUUACAGGUGUAAAAAGUCUGUUUGGAUGCAUUGGUUUGAGUAUAUUUGUUACACUGGUUACAAUUAGAAUGACAAUAUAUUAAGGUUCUUACAGUAAUAAAAUUUUUAAUAAAGGGGAA